AUGGAUAAAGAAAAAUCAGCGAGUCAAGAAAUUUGGUCGCUGGGAAAAGAGCUGGGGCUUACAAGUCAUCUUGAAGAUAGUGAAGUUGAACGCCAGAUUGCGCAUCAAGUGGCGGUGAGGAACUCUGAAGGGAGGGCCGGAGGGAUUGCUUGUGUGUGGAAUAGAGAUGUUUUUGAGGCUUCCAGUAAAUGGGAUCUUCCUGGGGCAGUGGUUGUUAAUGGUAUUGUUAAACAAGGGAAUAUUGGGUGUUGUAUCAUUAACGUCUAUGCACCGGCUCGAGCAGGGGAGAAACAUAGAUUGUGGGAUGCUAUCGGAACUAUUGUUGUUCAAAAUGCAGAUAUGUGUGUUUGCGUUAUGGGAGACUUCAAUGUGGUGAGAAGAAGGGAGGAAAGAGCAGGCAAUGGGGAGACUUUUAAUGAGGCAGAGGCAAGAGGGUUUGAUGAUUUCAUUUGUAGUAAUGAGUUAGAGGAAAUCAGAAUUCAAGGUCGGAAAUACACCUGGUUUAAGCCGAAUGGUAGAUGUAAGAGCAAGUUGGACCGGUUCCUGGUUAAUGAGGAAUGGUUGCGAGUGUGGGAAGGAUCAGUUGCAUGUGGUCUUCAAAGAACCCUUUCAGAUCACCUGCCUAUCCAACUCAGGACCAAAUGCGAAGAUUGGGGCCCUACACCGUUCCGGUUUCUUAACGUUUGGGUGUCACACCCGGACUUCCAUGAUGUUGUUGAUGAUGUGUGGUCAAAGGCAGAUGUUGUGGGCUGGAAAAGUUUCGUUGUCAAAGAGAAACUCAAAAUGCUUAAGGUGAAGUUAAAGGAAUGGAACAAAUUGACCUUUGGAAGUAUUGAUCACAGGAUUCAGAGUUUGAAGAUUGAGAUUCAAGAAAUGGAUUAA